UUAACAACUCCAUUAGCUAUCUUAGAUUCUUUACGCAUAAAAACUUUCCAUCCCACAGGAGCUUCAUAUCCUUCAAUAAAUUUAUUUUCUGCCACGGCAAAUCUUUAUCAAGGUUUCUUUUCUUUGCAUUUG